GCCGCCGCGCCGCUCUAGGAUGCGGCUGGUGAGCGCCGGCACAGGGCGGAGAGGCGGCCAGCCUGCCCGCCGCCAGAGCCCGCAGCCCGCCGGAGCCCGGCCGCACCUGCAGGGGAAGCGCUCCGGACGCCGUCCUUCCCCGGGAGGCGCCAGGCUCUUGAACCUGAUCUACAAUGGAAAAACUGCUUUUGUUUCUGCUGUUCAUUGGCAUAGCGGUGAGAGCUCAGAUCUGCCCAAAGCGCUGUGUCUGUCAGAUUUUGUCUCCGAACCUUGCCACCCUUUGUGCCAAGAAAGGGCUCUUAUUUGUUCCUCCCAACAUUGACAGGAGGACCGUGGAGUUACGGCUGGCAGACAACUUUGUUACAAACAUUAAAAGGAAAGACUUUGCCAAUAUGACCAGCCUGGUGGACCUGACGCUCUCCAGGAAUACAAUCAGUUUUAUUACACCUCACGCAUUUGCAGACUUGCGCAAUUUGCGGGCUUUGCAUUUGAACAGCAACCGAUUGACUAAGAUCACCAAUGACAUGUUCAGUGGACUCUCCAAUCUUCACCACUUGAUACUUAACAACAACCAGCUGACUUUAAUUUCUUCCACAGCUUUCGAUGAUGUUUUAGCUCUUGAGGAAUUGGAUUUGUCUUACAACAAUCUGGAAACCAUCCCCUGGGAUGCGGUGGAGAAGAUGGUUAGUUUGCACACCCUCAGUCUAGACCACAACAUGAUUGACCAUAUUCCUAAGGGGACCUUCUCCCAUCUCCACAAGAUGACCAGGUUGGACGUCACGUCUAACAAACUGCAGAAGCUACCGCCUGAUCCUCUCUUCCAGCGAGCUCAGGUACUGGCAACCUCAGGAAUUAUCAGCCCCUCGACUUUUGCGUUGAGCUUUGGUGGGAACCCUUUGCAUUGCAACUGCGAGCUUUUGUGGCUGAGGCGUCUUUCGAGGGAAGACGACCUGGAGACCUGUGCUUCUCCCACGCUCUUGUCUGGCCGGUACUUCUGGUCGAUCCCUGAGGAGGAGUUCCUGUGCGAGCCCCCUCUCAUCACCCGGCACACCCACGAGCUGCGGGUGCUGGAGGGCCAGCGGGCAGCGCUGCGGUGCAAGGCCCGGGGGGACCCCGAACCAGCAAUUCAUUGGAUCUCACCUGAGGGCAAACUGAUUUCAAAUGCAACGAGGUCCGUGGUGUACGACAAUGGGACGCUCGACAUCCUUAUAACGACGGUGAAGGAUACGGGCUCCUUCACCUGCAUUGCUUCCAAUCCGGCUGGGGAGGCCACGCAGACGGUGGACCUGCACAUAAUCAAACUCCCCCACUUGCUGAACAGCACAAACCACAUCCACGAGCCCGACCCCGGCUCCUCGGAUAUCUCCACUUCCACCAAGUCAGGCUCCAACACGAGCAGCAGCAAUGGGGACACUAAAGUCAGCCAAGACAAGAAGGUGGUCGUUGCGGAAGCAACAUCCUCUACAGCCCUGCUGAAGUUCAAUUUUCAGAGGAAUAUACCCGGGAUACGUAUGUUCCAAAUCCAGUACAACGGUACUUACGAUGACUCCCUUGUUUACAGAAUGAUACCUCCCACAAGCAAGACCUUCCUGGUCAACAACCUGGCCGCUGGGACUGUGUAUGACCUGUGCGUCCUGGCCAUCUACGACGACGGGAUCACCUCGCUCACCGCCACCAGGGUGGUGGGCUGCACGCAGUUCACCACCGAGCAGGAUUAUGUGCGCUGCCACUUCAUGCAGUCCCAGUUCCUGGGUGGGACCAUGAUUAUCAUCAUUGGUGGGAUUAUUGUGGCCUCCGUGCUCGUGUUCAUCAUCAUCCUCAUGAUCCGCUACAAGGUGUGUAACAACAACGGGCAGCAGAAGGCCACCAAGGUCAGCAACGUGUACUCGCAGACGAACGGGGCUCAGAUCCAGGGCUGCAGCGGGGUGCUGUCGCAGUCGAUGUCCAAGCAGGCUGUGGGGCACGAGGAGGGCAUCCAGUGCUGCAAGGCUGCCAGUGACGGCGUGACGCAGUCGCCGGAGACCGUCUCCAGCCAGGACUCGGCCACCACUACCUCCGCUUUGCCUCCUGCCUGGACUUCCAGCACUUCUGUCUCGCAGAAGCAGAAGCGAAAGCCGGGGCCAAAGCCAAGCAGCGAGCCGCAGAGCGAAGCUGUCGGCAGCAUCGAGUCCCAGAACACUAACAGAAAUAACUCCACUGCCCUGCAGUUAGCUAGCCGUCCCCCCGACUCUCUCAAAGGGGCCCCCACGUACAAAAGAGCACAAUCAAAGCCAAGUAAGUUCCUCACUUUGCCAGCUGACGCAUCCCGAGCCAAGCGCAGGCUGUCCCUGGGCGGCGAGCUGAUGGAGCCCCGCGGCCCCGGCAGCGCCCGCGGCGCAGCUGGACUGCGGUCCAAACGGAGCCUGUCCAUGAACGGGAUGCUAGUCCAGUCAGACAGCUCUGAUGUGGAUAGUGGAAAAGCAACUUUCUCCAGUUCUGAGUGGAUAUUGGAAAGCACUGUGUGACCUGCUUUUUUUUUCUUUUUUUUUUUUUUUUUAAUUUUCAUUUUUAUUUUAAUGACAAACAAAACACCAAACGUUGUGUGAAACUCCCUCUCCUGGGGAAUUGGAUUUGGAAGUCCACUGUUGUCUUGCUGAUUAAUGGCUUGUUCAUGCGGGGUUCUGUAUAAGCCACCUAGUGCACACAGGGUUUUAUUUAGUUUUCAUUUGAUUUUAUUUAAUAUCAAAACCGAAGGCAACAUUCAGAGAUUAAAAAAAAAAAAAAAAAAAAAAGGAAAAAAAAAGAUUAAGGGGUGAAAAAAAGCGUAAAGCGUGAAACAGCACCAGUGCCUUCCCUACUCUAGGACUGGCUUCCUGGUUCUGCGGUAGCAGAAAACAAAAGAGAGAGUUUUCACAGAAAAAGCCUUUUAUAAAGGAAAUGAAAUUUCCUCUGAGCUAACAAAUAACCACUUCUGGAUCAAUCAGUAAAAUGAUAUUUUUUAAAACGGUCAGACUGUAUAUUUCUUUUCCGUGACAAUGGUGUUGCCUUUGUUUUUAGGCAGAUGCUGUACAGAAACAACAACGCUGUGUUGUUAUGUUGUGUAAAAUAAAAUAUUCACUCCGUACACCA